CACUCCACGAGUACUCCAUCAUCUGGAAUGAAGCGCACUAAGACUGCCGUAGGCUCACUAGCCUCUCCUAUACCCUCAACUGUAUCAGUUUUGGCUGCGCGGAAAGCAGUUCAAAGCACGAAGGACUUGGUGGCUGAGCUAAGUCAGAACCUACCUGAGCACAUGAGUAUAGAUUCGUCUAUUCGAGAACAUGAAGAAAGAGUGAAGCGCGAGCAACAAGAUGAAGAGUAUGCAAUGCAGUUAUAUGGUGGAGCUUCAACGAGCACUCCUUAUGCGCAGCCUGAGCGAAAAAAGCGAAAAUAUGAGCGAAAAAUGAAGGCUCAUGAGGCAUCACACGAGUCGCCGGCAGCGAAUUCUGGCUCUGGUCGCUUGAUUCUCCGCCUUCCUCGUGUUGCUCCAGUGAAGGAAGAGGUUGAAGAGAGUGCUCAACAAAGCUCGUCGCGUCCUUUAUCUUCGGUGGGAUCAUCAAGACCCACUAGUUCCGCAACUGUUGUUCCCAACAACGAGGGUCGGGGAAAGGUGGAUUGGUUAGCCAUGUUGCCGUCACUAGAAGAGUUGCGUGUGAAGGCUGAUGAAAUGAAGGCUGCGAGAGAGCAACGAAACAGCGUAUUUGAUUCACGUGAAGGAUCGUGA